AUGCUUCAGUCGCUCAACCGAAACAAGAAACGGCUGGCCGUGUCGACCGGCCUCAUCGCCGUGGCCUACGUGGUCAUAAGCUAUACCACAAAGCGGCUCAUCGAGAAGCAGGAACAGAAGCUCGAAGAGGAGCGUGCUAAGGAGAGACUCAAACAACUGUUUGCACAGACACAGAAUGAGGCAGCGUUCCAUACGGCGUCAGUGCUUCCCCAGCUAUGCGAACAAAUCAUGGAGUUUGUGGCUGUCGAGAAGAUCGCCGAACAGCUCCAGAACAUGCGUGCGGAGAAGCGCAAGAAACAGAACAUGGACGACGACAAGCACUCGGUGCUGUCGCUAGGCACAGAGACGACGGCCAGCAUGGCAGACGGCCAGAAAAUGAGCAAGAUUCAGCUGUGGGACGAGCUCAAGAUUGAGUCGCUCACCCGAAUCGUCACUCUCAUUUACUGCGUGUCUCUGCUCAACUACCUCAUCCGACUGCAGACGAACAUUGUGGGACGAAAGCGAUACCAGAACGAGGCUGGACCUGCGGGAGCCACAUACGACAUGUCACUGGAACAAUGUUACACGUGGCUGCUCACCCGAGGAUGGAAGUCGGUGGUGGAUAAUGUGCGACGGUCAGUUCAACAGGUUUUUACUGGCGUCAACCCGCGGCAGAACCUGUCUCUUGACGAGUUUGCUACUCUUCUCAAGCGUGUACAGACUCUCGUCAACUCCCCACCCUACUCCACCACCCCUAAUACGUUCCUUACAUCGCUCCUGCCACCUAGAGAACUGGAGCAGCUGAGGCUCGAAAAAGAAAAGCAAAGUCUGUCACCCAACUACACUUACGGCUCGCCUCUCAAGGAUCUCGUAUUUGAGUCAGCUCAACACAUUCAGUCGCCACAGGGAAUGUCAUCUUUCCGAGCCAUCAUUGACCAGAGCUUCAAGGUCUUUCUGGAAAAGGUGAACGAGAGCCAGUACGUCAACCCACCGUCCACAGGCGGAAAGCGUAUUGCUGUGGGCGCGCUACAGCCUCCCAUAAUCUCUGGAGGCCCCAAGAAGGUGAAACUGGCGUCCCUGCUAUCUGUGGCCACACGACAGUCGUCUGUGAUUUCUCAUGCCCAGCCCAACCCCUACGUUGACGCAAUCAACAGCGUUGCAGAGUACAAUGGGCUGUGCGCCGUGAUUUACAGCAGCUUUGAACAAUAG